AUGACGAUUCAUGAGUACAACGUUGGAGAAGAUAGUGAUGGAACCGAAACAACGAAUGGAAAUCAACGAUAUAAUCAGUGGCUUGCUAUCUGUGAUAUUGACUUCUGCCUAACGACAAAAUUCUCCGGCGGCACAGAAGCAGGCGACGAGUACAGGCAGGCAUGCUUUGCUGGGGCUCGAAUGUUGAUGCGGUUGAUGUAA